AUGGCAGAGCCGACAGAGACCAAUACUGGAGACCCGGCCAAUCCGCCGACCGAACCAAAUGCGCCAACUACAGAUACCAGCCAACCUGCCGCACAUGCUGAAAAUCCGUUUGAAGGGGAGACAACGUCCCCGCAAGAACAAGAUCAGCAUUCAGCCCCGGUGAAUGAGUCCCAGGUGGAAGUCACACAGUUGGAUACAAGCGCAAACCAGAACAUCAAAGAAGAGACUGGGCAGACUACGGAGGUCUCGAAUGUCACUUCUUCUAUAGAAUCGUCACUCCCACCAAUGGACACAACGGGCCUGGAUGGCACGGAGUCCUUUGACGAUACCGGAUUACCUUCUUUCGAUUCGGCCCUUCCUUCUGUGGGAUCUUCUGCGGCCCCAGACCUAUCGCUGCCAGCUAUCGACACAACUCUCCCAUCGCUGGACUCUUCUUUGCCCGCCAUUGGUACCGAUAUCCCGACCAUGGACGAGCACCAUACGUUUGACGACAGCCAUUUUGACGAUCACGACCACGACCAUACUGUUGAGCCCUCAACGGACCACGACCACAAUAUGGCCCAGCAGUCGGGUUCGGCAAAUGGCUCGAAUCAUUACCAAACACAAUCCAAUGGCACAUACCAGUAUACACAAAGCCCCGGACCACAACAGCAAUACGAUGGACACCAGCAAUCCCAGGCUCAAGCUCAGCACCAAUUCCAAUCUCAACCGCCACAGAAUUAUCAGCAGCAGCAGAGUUCUGAUAUGUAUCAUAAUCAAGGGGGAUUUUCUUCUGUGAACGCAAACCCUGGAAACAAUGGCCAGGGCCAACAUGGACAAGUACCGCAAGCACCAAUUGGCUCUCCAAUGCCUUCCAACAUGCCUUCAAUGGCAUCUAUGGGACAGUACAUGACUGGCUAUCCGUCCAAUGUACCGCAGCCGGGCAUGAACUCGAACCAGAUGGGAUAUUCAAUGCCUGGGGAUCCGAAUAAGAUUCUGUCGGGUGGGAGGCACAAGAAGGAGGUCAAGCGACGGACGAAAACUGGAUGUUUGACCUGUCGCAAACGAAGAAUUAAGUGCGACGAAGGUCAUCCAGUGUGCAGAAAUUGCGUGAAAAGCAAGCGCGAGUGUUUAGGCUACGACCCGGUUUUCAGGCCUCAAGCAUCCACUCCCUCGGCCAUCCAACCAGCUCCGAAUCCUCCCCCGUCGCUGGUCGUCAAUCCUCAAGGCCCUCCUGCCCCUUCGAUACCUUCGUAUCCUUCAGCGCCCCCGGGGUACAUGCCAGCGUCUUCACAACCCUUUGCUCCUUCUCUUCACUCUGAAUCACCCAGCACCUCAACUGAUCAACCUGAUCACGGAGCUUCCCUUGAGUCUUCUCUUCCACCAAACAAUCCGCCACCCCAAAUCAAUAUGCAGAACUCGAAUGAUCAUGGCCACCAGGUCUCGGAGCCUACAUACAAAGCCAAAAACCUCAGCCUCAAUGACUUGAUGUCCUUGAGAGGUAUUGCACCUCCCCCACCUCAUCCUAUCGGGUCGCUUCCUCCCGGCCGACUCGAGGAAAUCCAAGCCGUCUUCCUCGCAACGUACGCCCCUGCGAUUGACAAGCUCCUAGAGGUUCGCUGGUACACAGAAAAGGCACUCCCUGUUCUCAUGACCGAUGCACAGCUCAUGGCCGAUUAUUCGGCUUUGAUCAACGCAUUCAAUGACUGGAAUCUCAGCGAUGGAAAUACUGUGGCUCGUCUCGAGAGCUUCGAAGCUUCGAUUAUCUGGAGGAGUAUGGUGCUAUGUCGCCAGGUGCCGAAUUCAGAGAAUGGUCAAUACGGUCAGGACUGGAACUUGGUCGCCACGACCGCUCGGCUCAACGCAAUGGAAGCCCUCUUGAGCUGGAGCCACCUCGAUCAAAACUCCUUGUCAAGAGCGAUGGGAAUGGAUGCUGCCACCCCGCCAAAUCCCCCCAGAUCAGUUCUUGCAACGCCAAUUGGAUUUCUGGGCUCUGCCAAGCAAAUUGACGACACACUCGGACGCCUCCGCCAACUGCUGGACACAUAUGAAAACCGAGACAUCAUCUAUUCCAUCGCUAUCGCACGACACCUUGGCCAACGAUGGGCGGAUUUCCCUAAUAGCCUGCCUAAGGUUGGCUACACAACCGAGAAGGAGGCAGGCACCAGACUCUUCGUUGCCCAAAAGUUCAUUGAGGAAGAAGCCGAAGGCAAGGGCACCACACAGAUCUACAAGCGAAUCUGCUGCAUGGCAGUCCGUUCUUGGUGGGCUGCUCGCGAAUGA